AUUAAAUUUUUGUGUGAUCGAUGAGUGAAGCUCCGUGGAACUUCUCGUGGGUGGUGCCGCAGGAACUGUGCGUGUUUGCGUGUCCCGGUUCGACGGCCAACGUGCGUUUCUUGGUAGAUUCAGCGCGGGUCCGGCACCUGGUCACGCUGUCCCGGAGCCACAGGCCGCCACCAGACGCGCUGAGAGACUCGCCAGAGCUUCAAUGGACGCUGAUCGACGUGCAGGAGUUUGAGCCGCCAACCCUGCAACAAAUGCAGCAGUUUAUUGAUAUUUGCAAGAAAGCCAGAGACCAAAAUCAGGCGGUGGGAGUUCAUUGUCGCAUGGGCCGUGGCCGCAGCGGAGUCAUGGCCGCGUGCUACCUCCUGCACUUUUGCCACCUGACGCCAGGCACGGCCGUCGCCAACCUGAGACUCCAGAGGCCAGGCUCCGUCGAGACCUACGCGCAAGAGAGGGCCGUCCACGCCUAUUUUGACUACAUUCGUUCCCUUUGACUCGUUGAAAACUCUUAUACAAAAAAUUUUGUGGCAUGAAAUGACACCUUGCCGUGAAAUAUGGGACAAAAGCAACGUUAAAAAGCAGGUUUCCUGACAUUAAAAUGUCUAGCUGUAAAUAAUAAACA